GUGGGAGAAUUAUAUUUCCACUAAUCCAUUUGCUCAGUUUUAACUAGUAUUUAUGAGGGAUGGAUCUUCUUCUUUAAAUUUAUUUUGGGUUUUUGGGAGUCGAAACAUAACAUAACAGAUGAUGAAGAUGAAUAUCAAGUGGUGUUUUAAAUUGGUGUCUGAAUCUGCAGGUGCUAAUAGUAAUACUAUCUCUCUGAUGGUUCUGUUGCUGUUGACUACUACUCUCUGUUCUAUCGGAGCACAGAUUACCAAUCCCAUUGAAGUGAAAGCAUUACUAGCAGUCAAGCAGAAUCUCAAGGGUCCAGGGAAUUUCUUGAAGAAAUGGAAUAACCAGACGGACCCAUGUACCUCCAAUUGGACUGGUGUGCUAUGCUUCAAUACUUUCUCUCCUGUCGAUGGCUAUCUACACGUUAGAGAACUGCAAUUGAUGCGUAUGAAUCUUACCGGAACCUUGUCACCUGAGCUUGGUCGAUUCCCUUACAUGGAAAUAAUGGAUUUUAUGUGGAACAAUAUUACUGGGAGUAUACCAAAGGAAAUCGGCAACGUUAAAUCGUUGAAGCUGCUUCUAUUGAACGGAAACAGAUUGACAGGUUCCUUACCGGAGGAACUUGGUGAUCUUUCAAAUUUGGACAGAAUUCAGAUAGACGAAAACUUCAUAUCAGGACCAUUGCCUAAAUCAUUUGCCAACUUGACCAAAACAAAGCACUUCCACAUGAACAAUAACUCAAUUAGUGGAUCAAUUCCACCAGAGCUUUCCAGACUAACUAGUCUUGUUCACUUCUUGCUUGACAAUAAUAAUUUAUCAGGGCCUCUACCACCAGAGUUAUCUAAGUUGCCUAACCUGACUAUUAUCCAGCUUGAUAACAACCAUUUUGAUGGGGGAAUUCCAGAUUCUUAUAGCAACAUGGCAAAGCUUUUGAAAAUGAGUCUUAGGAACUGCAGCUUAACAGGGCCAGUUCCUGACAUGAGCAGGAUACCAAACCUCGCCUAUAUAGAUCUCAGCUCAAACCAGCUUAAUGGGUCAAUACCUUCAAGUCGCCUCUCGGGCAAUAUGACCACAAUUGACUUAUCAAACAACCGACUGGAGGGGAAUAUUCCUGACAGUUUUUCUGGGCUUCCUCGUCUACAGAAACUGUCACUGGGGAAUAAUUUUUUGAAUGGUACCCUUUCAUCCAUCAUUUGGAGCAACAGGACAUUCAAUGCAACCGAAAAACUUAUCUUAGAUUUUCAAAACAACUCGCUUUCAGAUAUUUCAAGCAUCAUUUCUCCCCCUGAGAAUGUCAACAUCAGGCUUCGAGGAAAUCCUGUAUGUAUGUCUGCCAACCAACUGAUCAACACAGUUGAUUUCUGCGGGUCUCCGACUGAAGACAAUGAUACACCCGAAGGUCCCGAACCAUCAAUACCAUCUAUCUGUACUCUGACAUGUCCUAUAGACAAACAAAGAGUCACUGCAUCCCCUGGGAUUUGUUUUUGUGCCGUGCCUCUAAAAGUUGAAUAUCGUCUGAAAAGUCCUGGGUUCUCAGAUUAUCCUCCAUACAGGGAUGACUUUAAUGUCUAUCUUUCUUCUGUUCUUAGCUUGGAACUCUAUCAGCUAUCUGUAUUUUCGAUUGCAUGGGAGAAAGGGCCUCGUCUGAAAAUGCACUUGAACUUGUUUCCGAAUCGCGCUGAUAUUAUUUUUAACGAAAGCGAGAUUAAACGAAUCAAGGGUCUGUUCACAAGCUGGAAGAUCCGCAACAGUGACAUUUUUGGCCCGUAUGAACUGCUGGUUUUCGGAAGAGAUGCGGACAUAAAAUCAAAUUUGGGGUUAAGCAAGGGUGCAUUGGCUGGAAUUAUACUAGGAGUCAUUGCUGGAGCAGUUACGUCAACUGCACUGGUUUCAAUUUUUAUUGCGAGAAGAUAUAUGAAAAACUAUUAUCGCGUAAUGUCAAAAAAACAUCAAUUGUCCAAGAGGAUUUCAAUCAAAGUUGACGGUGUUAAAGGGUUUACUUUCGAAGAAAUGGCUUUGGCGACUUACAACUUUGACAGCUCUACUCAGGUUGGUCAAGGAGGUUAUGGUAAGGUAUAUAAAGGAGUUCUAUCUGACGGAUCAUUUGUGGCCAUUAAGCGUGCACAAGAGGGGUCAUUUCAAGGGGACAAAGAAUUUUAUAACGAAAUUGAGCUUUUAUCAAGGGUUCACCAUCGGAAUCUAGUUUCUUUGAUUGGAUGUUGCGAUGAAGAAGGCGAACAGAUGUUGGUUUACGAGUUCAUGUCAGGUGGAACACUAAGAGAUCACCUUUCUGCAAAAUCAAAAGCACCAUUAAGUUUUGCAAUGAGACUGCGAAUAGCUACAGAUUCAGCAAAAGGUAUCCUUUACCUACACACGGAGGCAGACCCCCCAAUAUUCCACCGAGACGUCAAAUCCAGCAACAUACUGAUUGGUCCCAGAUUUAGAGGGAAGGUUGCUGAUUUUGGACUCUCACGUCUUGCACCAGUUCCAGAUAUUGAAGGAAAGACUCCUGGGCAUGUAUCCACCAUUGUAAAGGGCACUCCUGGUUACCUCGAUCCAGAGUACUUCCUUACGUACAAGUUGACAGACAAAAGUGACGUCUACAGCCUAGGGGUUGUGUUUCUAGAGAUUUUAACAGGGAGGUUACCAAUCCAGAAUGGUAAAAACAUUGUUCGUGAGGUUACUGGGGAAUAUAAUUCUGGUACGAUCUUCUCAAUCAUAGAUGAAAAAAUGGGAUCGUAUCCUUCUAAGUGUAUUCAGAAGUUUGUAACGUUGGCUCUACAGUGUUGCCAAGAAGAUACAGAUGCUCGACCUUCGAUGGCACAGAUCGUGAAGGAACUGGACAAUAUUUUAUACAUGAUGCCAGAGUCUGACAUCAGCAUAGCUGUCUCCACAGACCACGGUAUAGAUGAUUCGGAAGUAUCAAUGACGAUUACGACGACGACACCACCGUCAUCAUCAUCAGUGUCAGUGAAUAAUAUGAAUUGGGAUCUGAAUGUGUCAUCAGAGUAUAUCUCCAGCAGCGAUCUCGUCAGUGGUGUAGUUCCAACCAUUGCACCUAGGUAAUAAAAAUUCAAGCAGAAGCAUCUCCACCGUGAGUAAUGAAAUGGCUCAGGAUUAAAUAGUUAUAAUCUACUUAGUUCCAGCUCUCAUUUUUGUGCAUAAACAUUUGUUCAUAUGUACAGUCAUUCGCUUUAUAGAGGUUUAAUUUUAGUGAAGGUAAAUGAUUCAAAUCAA